UCGAACUGAACAGUCAGAAAAGUUUUUAAGAAAAAUAUCAGAAAGUGUAACAUAAUUGAAAGGUGAGAAAUUAUAAAGAAAAUCGAGUACCAUGCAGUCAUCGUCGCAACUUGGAAAGUUGAGUGUGACACGCAGUUUGUCGGACGAGAAGAUGGAUCUUCAUUUCAAGCAGCAAAUGGAGCUGAUCAGAGAGAUGAGCAAGGCGCAUCCGCGUGCAGCAGAUCGAGAGCUGUGCCUCAAGUGGCUGAGCGUCUUCUCGCGCACCACCAAAGACGAGAAGGCGGUGAGGAAUUGCCUGAUCGACUUGAUGCACAGCCAGCUGAAGAAGGACGGACAGCUGGGCUAUCCCUUUACAGAUGAGCUCAAUUGCAAUCGAGAUUUGCGCAAAUGCUUCGACAUGCGACGCAAGCAGGUGAAACAGAUAAAGCCAGAAUUGAAGGUUGACGAUAAGGAAGUUGGGCUGCCCAAGCAGCAGCGGAAGCUCGUCCAUCCCGGACUAGCCGAGAAAGAGACCGUGGCCAAGAGCUUGCGUGCGCCGGCUCCAUCGUCUGUGAGUGCUCCGAUCGAUGAGGACGAGACGAAGCCCUCGACAUCGCAGGCCAAUGUAGUCGAGCAGAUAAAUGAAUUGGAAAAGGUGGAACAUCAGCUCUGGCAUCAGAAGCUUAUCUCUAGCACCAAGGCCAUGCAUAAGAAACCAAACGCACCUAAGUCUGGGCUAAACCCAUAUCGUUCGGCUGCAGUUACAGGCAAGACACCGCCAGCCGCUACGGGCAAGGCCCCGCCAGCAGCUACGGCCAAGCAACCGCCGGCUGUUACGGCCAAGCCCCCGCCAGCUGUUACGGCUAAGCCCUCGCUAGCUGCUACGGCCAAGGCACCGCCAGCAGCUUCAGGCGAUUUGCCUGCGGGCAAUCGAAUGGCGAAGCCGUUGCUAGAAUUGUACAAGAAGAAACACUUUAAAGAGGCGGAGAGCGAUCUCGACGCGCAAAUGUUUAAAUAUUCAGAGAAAGCCUGCAUAGAUUCAACUCCAGGUUUGGUUUUGCCGCUAGGCGAGCAGGCCAAGGAGCCGGAGCGCGUGCGCAAAAUGUUGGAUAUCGAGCGACGCAAGGAGCAGCAGGAGACGGACCGACAGCAGCGAGAGCGUGAGCGCGAGCGCCACAAGACACGCGAGGCGGAGGAGAAAAAGCGCGAGGAACAGCAGCUCGAACAGGAGCGAGCGCGUAAGCUCAAGGAGCACGAGAAUCUAUUGCUGCGUGUGAACGGACAGCGCGAACACGAGCGCAAUUUGCGCAAACAACGCAAGAUCGCGAAUCGUUUGCUCGCGCAGAAGAAGUGCGAAACUGAUGUCGUCAAGUCUGGCCAGAGCAAGCGUGGAGAGCAGCAAAGGCAGGCCAAAGAGAUUACCGAGAAUCAUAAGCAACCAGAAGUAUCCAAUCCAAAAUGCAAGGCAGAAAAGAAUCGUCUUCAGCGCCAACGUCCGCAUUGGGAGCAGCUCGAGACGAAACAAAAAGUGCUCGACGAACGCAAGCAGCGCAGAGGACAAGGAAAGGCCGAGCAGAAGGAUAAAGUUGCUGAGAUGUUAAUAGAUGCAAACGUAAUAAAAGAACUGAUAAAAGCGGAUGAUGUCAAAAUUCUGCAGGAACAGCAGAAAAUGCGCCGAAAGGAAGAGCAAAUAAGGCGCCGCAGCGAGGAGCUCGAGCGAAAGCUAAUUGCAGUACGUGACAAGCAGCUGGCGAGCAAGAACAAACCGUGUUCCCUUGGAGAGACUCAACAGCAGAGUCGGAAGGUCGUCGAUGGUCCAGGGUUGCAGCAGGACUUGCGGGAAGGCGAAGCUCACUCUGAUCAUGGCUGGUCUGAACGCUUAGGGCAGGAGCAUGGUACGAUCCCAGCUCAGAAUCGGUAUGACACGCAGCAAGUGCACACGCAUAAGGCGAAUUCGAAAGCGAGACGAAGUCCUACGCCCAGGAACUUGGGUGGCGAUAACCAAGCUUCUAUCCAGCAAUCCGUACCAGCUUUGACCUCCUCGCCUUCUGCAUCCCCAACGCCGGAGCAGUCAAUCGAGCAGCUGAAUAAUGCUAGGCGAAUGGAGCUGCUGGAAUAUACGAGGGAAUGCUUUCUGCAGCACAUCGAUGAGCAGCGUUUGCGCCUGGAGCUGGCCGAGCAGAAAGUUCACACGAUCGAUGUGGAGAAACAGCAGCUGGAGCUGGAGAUCAAGGAGCGCUGCGACAUGCUCGGUUGGCUAACCAAAGCGCAUAGUCGCACCGAAGUGGAAGCAUUUACCCGGCUAGAGCUCAGCAAGACCGAGAGUAGUAUGCUCGCCAAGGAGAGAUCCGAAUCGGUGAAGGAGUGCAUCAGGUUCGCCUGGCGAGUGCAUCGACUGCACAGCGGGACCAAGUGCAAGUCAAAUGGCAAGCGGGGGGCACUUCAAUCCGACAAGAGCAGGCGGAUGACACCGCGUCGAGUUCCAUCAACGAGCUUCGGCAAGCGAAAGCGCAUGUGGUCGCCUCUGAUGCGACGCUAUAUUCAAUUCGAACCACGACGCAGGUCCAGCUCCAGUGAAGCGCAGAUGCUAUCCGAUAGCGAGGUACGCAGACAGCUCAAGGGCUACCUGCAAAAGCAGCAGCAGCGCAAAGCGCGCUUACAGGAACAUUCCAGCGGUGAAUACUUUACAGCGCAGCCGCUGAAGAAGAAAAUCAAGCGCUACCAGCGCUACGUAGAUAUGAGCGAGUUGAACAGGUCCAAGGAGAGGAAGGAGAAGUCUGAGGUGUACAGUAGCACCAGCAAUAUAAGUUGCCGUGCGGUCUUUGGAGGCGAUGGCAGCAUGGGGGACUUAGCCGUGGACUCUAGGCCCAGACCCAUAUUCAUGAGGCACCAUUGGCCGCGUCGAAUACGCCAGAAGAAUAAGGAUAAGAGUGAAAAGCAGAAGGAAGGGACAACGCAGAGCGCAGCUGUUGUGAGUCCAUCGAGUCAGGAACCAACGACUUCAACGAAUUGCACUCAGUUUACGCAAACAGAAGCCUUGUGGCCAUCACCUCGCAUGGGUCCCGAGCAGAGCUCGUUGGUCGCUCGUAAUAGGCGAAAGACGCAGAGGGGUUUGCACUUACAGCUUUCACGGAGUCAUCAGCGUCGACCCGACACUUUGGGCGCCAGCGAACAAUUUCAGCUCUCCGACCAGGAACUGGAGGCGGAGCGGAACAUCUUUCAGCAGCUGCUGCUGGGCAGUGAAACGGACUCCAACGGACGACCCCAGUUGCUGAUCGAGAACGCGCUGAUGGAGCAUAAGCUGCUCGUGGCCAAGCAGCGGGAGCGACACUUGAAACAGCUGCAGGCCCAAAUGAUGAAGGCAUCGGUUGAGGUUCUACAGUUGCUCGACGUGACGAAGGACGUCGCAAAGCCCGAAGUGGAAAAUCAAUGCAAUCGCACCUGCAUUCUCUGGCGAAAUGAGCUGCAGUUGGCCGUGAAGCCAUUGGCCAAGGUGCCCUGUCGCAUCUUCGGCAUGCUCUUCGAGCCUCUGCUGCACGAUGGCGAUGAUCAAAUGGAGCUGCGCCUUCAGAUCAGCGAUCUGGAUGUUCAGCUGGAAAAUCACCUGAUAAGUCGUUUAAAUCGCGCGCUCGACAAGUGCCACAGCUGCUGCUGCCAGCACCGCUUGCUGCCCGGCUGGAAAUCUCAUCUGGAUCCCGAUAUGUCGCAACGCAAGCUGCUGGCCACUCACAGCUUUCAGCUUUUGCGCCAACUGUUUGACGAGCACUGCAGCAAGUCGCGUGCCAUCUGGCUAGGCGCCUUACAAACCAUUGAGAAGUUAUAUUUCGAGCAGAUCGCCGAGAAUAUGUCAACAGGCAGACCAAUGAAACGAUCGAAUCUCAACAAGGACCAGAAGCAAUAAGCCUUCAGAUGUUUCCUCUGAUUGAAGCGCCAAUACCAGUUAGAGGAAUAUUACAUACGAUGCCUUGGAUCUUUCUACUGCGCCCUAGACUUACGCAUACUGCCAUUAGAUGCAUUUGAUCUAAUGCUCAAAAUUUGAAUUUCAAACUUAUCUUCUUAUCAACCUUAUAUGUGACUAACCUUUUGGCGAACUCUUUCGAGAGAUCUCUUUCGGGAGAUCUCUUUUAGCAGAUCUCUUUUCGCAAAUAUUUCUCAAAGUUCCGCCACUUAGCAGCGACAGACUUCCUUCUCUAGUCAAUUCGCAUAGUUCGCACUAUAUUGCGUUUCUUCGGAUCUGUAGCUACAGACCUUAGCACUCUCUACCAACUGCAUCUUGCGUCAUUUUGCGCUUCUUAUAACCCAUUUGUGUCCAUGUCAAUGUUGAUAUUUGUUGUCUUCGCUCGUUGUUUUCGUAACGACAGCCAAAGUCAAACUCAAUUUAACAAAAAAUCAACGUAAAUGUAAAUUGAAACCCGUUUGCGAGCCGUGAGUCAACGUUACGCAGCAGACAACGAGCCUCAGUGCUUGCCUCUCGUCCCGUGCACCGUAACGCUUUGUCCCUCCUCUCUUUGGCCUGGCUGUCUGUCUGGGCUCGUUCCUUUCCACAUGUGCUUGCACACACCACUUGAGAACCGACGCUGCGGCAGGUGAAAAACUCUGACCUGACCUAUCUUGCACUUAAAGUUUACCUCUGACAUCGCUCUCUCCCUUCGUCAGGUCCUCUCUAUUUGUGUUGGUUAAAAAGCAAUUUCUUCACCAGGUGUUGUUGCCGCUGUUGCAAUUGCGUUAUUGCCUCGUCGACUGCAACAACUGCUGACAUUUGCGCCGCCAUCAGCCAUCAGCAGUUUUGUAUAUACCCUGUUAAGUUUCAGUAGGGCAUUUUCAGGCACAUCCUAGACUAACUUACAUAUAUAUUUUAAUACAUUCCA